AUGGCCAUCCACGUGGAGGGGCUCGUGGCUAUCGCGGUCUUCUACCUGCUCAUCCUGUUCGUGGGCAUCUGGGCUGCGUGGAAGAACAAGCACUCCGGGGAGGCGGAGGGCACGGACCGCAGCGAGACCAUCAUGGUGGGGGGCAGAGACAUCGGGCUGUUUGUUGGCGGCUUCACCAUGACAGCGACCUGGGUUGGAGGGGGCUACAUCAAUGGCACAGCUGAGUACGUCUAUCUUCCGGAUUAUGGUUUGGCGUGGGCUCAAGCCCCCUUUGGAUAUGCUCUCAGCCUGGUUGUUGGUGGUCUUUUUUUCGCUAAACCCAUGCGCUCCAGGGGUUACGUCACCAUGUUGGACCCCUUCCAGCAGCUGUAUGGAAAACGUAUGGGGGGGCUUCUCUUCAUACCUGCACUCAUGGGGGAGAUUUUCUGGUCUGCUGCCAUCUUAUCGGCCCUCGGAGCCACUCUGAGCGUCAUCGUGGACAUCAACAUUAAGAUGUCGGUGGUUAUCUCUGCGCUCAUUGCCAUCUUCUACACCCUGGUUGGAGGACUGUACUCUGUGGCCUACACUGAUGUGGUGCAGCUCUUCUGUAUCUUUGUUGGCCUCUGGAUCAGCGUCCCGUUUGCUCUGACCAACGCUGCGGUGUCCGACAUCACCGUUACUGCAGUGAAGCAGGUUUACCAGUCUCCGUGGAGAGGCAGCGUCAGGACGGAGGACACCUGGGUUUGGAUAGACAACUUCUGCCUUCUGAUGCUGGGAGGAAUUCCCUGGCAAGUGUAUUUCCAAAGGGUGCUUUCAGCCUCCUCUGCCACCUAUGCACAGGUGCUCUCCUUCCUGGCUGCGUUUGGGUGCCUCGUCAUGGCCGUGCCAUCCGUUCUCAUUGGGGCCAUCGGGGCCUCCACAGACUGGAACCAGACCAGUUAUGGUUCAAUUCCUCCUAAAGAAAAGGACGAAGCAGACAUGAUUCUCCCCAUCGUGCUCCAACAUCUUUGUCCAUCAUUCGUUUCUUUUUUUGGUUUGGGGGCUGUGUCCGCAGCCGUCAUGUCGUCUGCAGACUCCUCCAUCCUUUCAGCGAGCUCCAUGUUUGCCAGAAACAUCUACCAGUUGGCCUUCAGACAGUCAGCAUCCGAUCGUGAAAUUGUGUGGGUGAUGCGGAUCACAAUCUUUGUAUUUGGCGGUCUUGCCACCCUGAUGGCACUGGUUACCGGCACCGUUUACGGCCUCUGGUACUUGAGCUCAGAUCUAGUUUACGUCAUCAUCUUCCCCCAGCUGCUCAGCGUGCUCUUCGUCAAGGGCACCAACACGUAUGGUUCGGUGGCUGCGUACAUGUUCGGCCUGGUUCUGCGUAUAGGUGGAGGUGAACCCUACCUUCAGCUGCCUCCUUUUAUUUAUUACCCCGGUUGGACAACAGAACAGCGAAAGCACCACAUCACAGGAGAAAUGGAGGAGAUCAUCAUACAAAAGUUCCCCUUUAAGACAGUCUCCAUGUUGGCCUCCUUCGGUGGGAACUUUGCUUUCUCCUACCUGGCAAAGUACUUGUUUGAGAGUGGGAAGAUUUCACACAAAUACGACUUUCUCGAUGCGGUGGUGUCCAGGCACAGCGGAGAGAUAAUGGAUAAGACCACUCUCGUAACCCGUGGUAACAACAUCGGGUUGUCGGAGAUGGCGUCCGUCAAACCGCGGCUGAGCGUGACGUUGGCAGCCGCCUUCACCCGCCGUGACACGCUGCCGACAGAAACCGUAGAGGAGGAGGAGGAGGAGUCCAGUCCUGACUCCUCCCACCACGAGGAGGAAUGACGAGGCCA